CAGAGGAAGGGAAGAGAAAAGAGAAAAAGAAGAAGAGAGUGCACUUUGCAGAAGAUGUGGUGGACCCAAUUGGGAACAGUGAUGAGUACAGGAAAUUGCGCAGUUGCAGUUCCCAUGCCAUUGCCACCAACAACCCUAAUUUCAUUAAAUAUUCAAACACCAAGAAAGGUGGGAAAGUUGAAGAAAUGCCAGCCAAUAGAGUUGCCCUUUACAAUGGAAUUCUCAGAGAUAGAGUCCUCCACAGGGUCGCCUAUUCAUGUUGACUACCUACUAAUCACAUUCACAUCUUCCUCUCUUGGAAUUGGAAUUUUCUUUUUGUAAUUUGGUUAAUUUUUGUAACAAGAAUAUUUGGUCCCCUAAUUUAACCUAAAAAUGUGUACAAAAUUCUUCCCCUGUUGAAUUAUUUUUCUUUUACUUGGUAGGAAUUGCAUGUAAAGUUAUUGUUACUGUAAUGGGUAUUUGUCUGAUCACUGUAUUUAUUAUAACCUGAGUUUAUUGAUAUAAUCAUAGUAUUUUCAGUUUA